CUACCAGAGGUUCGUCAGCUGCUACCGCUGCUUCUACAAGCUGCAGCCGCAGCUGACCAGGAGCAUCUACGAUCAGUUCAUCUCCCAGCUCCAGACGUCCAUCAAGGAGGAGAUCCAGGAGGUGAAGAAUGAAGGGAAUCUGGAGGGACUCUUCAGUUUGCUGGAUAAGAUCGUGGAGGAGGCCAAGGACCGGGAGGAGCCAGCGUGGUAUGGAUGGCUGGGAUGGGAGUCUGUUCCUGCAAGGCCACCAGGCACUUCCUGGGCUGGGUUUGGGUGUCCUGUUGGCCUCAUGCUGCAAGGGAGGGUCUGAAAGCUGCUGUAUCUUUACAGCACUGUCACUGGGCCUAAAACACACAAAAAUCAGUUUAAUCUGUGCUUCUCUGGGUUCAGGAUCCAUUUCCACUCCCUUAGUGCAGGGAGGUCAGUGCCACUGAGCUGGGGGUUUGGGCACAGCACCUGUCCUACAGCACAGUCCCCCUGUGUGCUCUUCGUGUCCCUGGCUCAGGGCCUCAGCAGACACUGGAGACACUGGGGACUGACCAGAAACACAGGAUUUUGUGUGUCUGUGCUGAGGGGGUGAGGAGAUCCUCAUGUUCCAAGCACCCACUUAGGGCCAGGCUUGGGGAAGAGCUCCCUGUGCCCUCCAGCAGGGCUCUGCUCUGGCUGUGCUGGGUUCCCUGUGCCAGAGGAAACUGUGGCAGCAGCUCAGCAGCUGUGUGGGACCAGUGCUGGGCAGCAUCUCUGGCCAGGGUCUAUGUACAAAUCACCAACAGGAUGGGACUGCUGCUUGAGCUGUUUAUUUCCCAGCAUCAGCCUCAUUCCAUGGUGAUGACAGUGGGAAGCUGCCAGCAGCUCACAUCCCAGGCAGCAGACAAAGAACUUAAUGCUACAACUCACUUUAAAAGUUU